UAGGUACCAACGUUACCAACGGGCGCAAGGACAGAGAGUACGUACAACACCCUAGCAAAGCAGUGGCCCAUCAUUCGUCAUUUUCCCACUUUCCAUACAAAUCCAGCCACCUCAGCAGCUUCUACUGCACAUUCCUCUUCACCAAUACGACUUCGUCAACCCCCGAGCCAUUCUGCAACACCUAUAUCUGCCUUAGAAUAGCACGCGACCACAGUCUACCUCAAAAUAAUUCUUUGAUAUCUUUUGCGGCACCUCAAUCAUUUCCACGAGUUAUUAGAAAUACUCCAUUACACCCGAGAAAAAUAUGGCUCCUCCGCCUUCUGCGAGUCUGCCAUUGAGCGAGAGGGUUCUGGCACUCGCCAAAACCUUGCAAUUCGCCUGGUUCAGCGGACACCUCGUCCUCCUCCUAUGUAUCUUCCGAUACUCCCUUUCCUUCAUCGCCUUUAGUUAUACCACCCGCUGGGCUCGCUUCACUUAUCGCACGGCUUUCGUCUCCGCAGCCCUUACAUAUGGAAUCGUUGUUUACAAGACAUGGCGAGCUCGACAGAAGGUCGGCGCGAAGUAUCCAGGUGGAGCUUUGGGAGUUCUAGCCGAUGAGAACGUUCAGUAUCUCGCUAUGUCAUUGGUCUGGCUUCUCGCCCCCCAAUAUUCGCUUGCUAUGAUCCCGUACGGCAUCUACUCCGUCUUCCACGUUGCGACUUACACUCGUAACAACGUGAUUCCCACCAUCCAGCCCAGCAAGACCCCAGCUGGCGCGUCUCCUGGUGCUAAGCAGAGUGCCAACCCCAUUGCCGAGGCUAUCGGCAACUUUGUCAAGCAGUAUUAUGAUGCCUCCAUGUCCAUCGUGUCCGCUCUGGAGAUUCUGCUAUGGUUCCGAUUGUUCCUUUCUGCAAUCCUCUUUCAGAGCCGCUCUUGGAUCCUAAUUAGCGUAUAUACCGCCUUUCUCCGAACUCGUUUCGCCCAGAGCACCCACGUGCAAGACUCUUUCAGAAUAUUGGAAUCUCGCGUCGACUCACUAGUUGGUGCUCAAGGAACUCCACCAGCAGCCCGAACUGUUUGGGAUGCUGUCAAGAAUGCCACGCGUCAGUUCCAUGACAUCACGGACCUUAGCAAGUACACGGGUGGAUCCGCUGUACCUAAGAAGACCUCCUAGACUGCAUGCGGUAAUUCCUACCACGAGCAAGAUUGAUCAUAGUUGGGUGCCUACGGUGAGAUGGCGUAAAGACAUGUUUACAUGUCAGACUAUGAAGGGGAUGGGCGGUUUUCUAAGACAAUAAACGAGGACUCUGAAGCAGAAUCUGGGGUGGAGAAGAAAUCAGGUUGCAGUUCACAAGGGAGGAUAGACGACGCAGUCAAGUUAAGGUCAGUCGAGGCAGAUGAUGAGAGGUAGAAGGAUGCUCUACGCAGUAAAUGGUUUGAGAGGUCCUAUUUCUUGAGCUGAAGGAUGGCAGGAUGGGUGGAAAUUGGUGGCUUGUAUUACAUCAGAACGGUUAAUGGGACCUUUGACAUACUAGUUUCUUCUAAAGUUGCUACUCUGAGAUAAAUUGAUCCAGGGAACCUCAAGUAUUUGCAAACUAAUUAUCUCAUACCUAGGCUGGGUGGUGAGUAUAUCUAAUUCAUGGUAAUGUCACUGGUAUUCCUCUACUGCGUACCUAUGUACAUGUAUGUAGUAAGAAAGGCAUAUAUGUAGUUAAGGUACCUAGUACGGACUUCACUACGGUAUCGCCAUAUAACCUUUAUACUUGAA